CAGAAGGCUGCCUGCAGCAGCUGAGAAGUCAACAUGGAGACACAUGCUGGAUCCCCAGCUGCACUCUUGCACCACCUGCGCCAGAAGGGUGCCAUUGGCAUAGGCUUUUACUUGGAGAAAAGGGCACUGCAGAUUUCAGGCAGCUCAAGUUGAAAGUGAACGCCCAGUUCCAUGCUAUUCCUGGAAGCUUGUAUAGGCCGUGUGUGUUGGUCAAAAGCGGGGAAUUUUACAACGGUGGCGCCCAUUGGGAGCUCGAAGGAGUGAGCACAUUGAGCUGAAAGGAACUUGAGUUCAAUCUUAAUCCUCCCAAAAGCUGCGUCCAGUAUAAUGAUUGAAACUAUAAGAUCUGUUGCAACUGUUUGGGGCAGGACUUCUGAAACCUUGCAAAAUUCCCCCCUUGGACCAGUGUAAGAGCAGAACUUCAGGUUGCAGGAGUUUCAGCAGACAAAUCCCUGGGAGGGAGUAUCUAAGAAUCAAUAUUCGGGCGCCCCACUUUUGCAAUUAUGUGCGGAAUUUUUGCAUACUUGAACUGGAACGUCGCCCGAGAUCGCAAGUUUAUCUUGGAAGCCCUUUUUGGUGGCUUGCGGCGGCUUGAAUAUCGUGGUUAUGACUCAGCAGGCAUCUCAAUAGAUGCUGACACAUUGAAGGGCUUCCAUGGGGAGCUUGUCGCGAAUGGAAACAUCAGCGAGGCGCAAUUUCCGUUUGUCUUCAAAAAGGAGGGCAAGGUCUCAGAUCUUGUCGCUCACGUUUACAAAGAGGUAUCAGACCAGUCCGUUAAUCUGACCGAGACAUUCAACUACCACGCUGGGAUUGCGCACACGCGAUGGGCCACUCACGGCCAACCGUCCGCAAAGAACAGCCACCCGCAGACUUCAGGACCUGAGAACGAGUUUGUCGUAGUGCACAACGGCAUCAUCACAAACUAUGUGGUUUUGAAGCAGACGCUGCUUCGAAAGGGCUUCGAGUUUGAGUCCGAAACGGAUACGGAGGUCAUUCCCAAGCUUACCAAGUAUGUCUACGACCAGCUCACCAAGGAUAAGAAGGGAGACGAAGUGAUUCCUUUCCGGCAGGUUGUGGUGGAGGUGCUGCGGCAGCUGGAGGGUGCGUAUGCCCUCAUCUUCAAGAGCUCGCACUACCCGAACGAGAUCGUGGCCUGCAAGCGGGGCAGUCCCAUGCUUCUCGGAGUCAAGGACUACCCCGAAAGCGCUGACCAAUCCGCUGACGACACCGAUCCGCUGAGCCCCAAGUCCCCCAUCAUAUCUCCCGCAAACGAUGCCAAGAAGCUGGAUCUUCCGUUCCUGGAUGCCGGCUCGCCUGCAUCCGUCACUUUCCGCAAGGAGUACUUCAUUGCAAGCGAUGCGACCGCGAUCUUGGAGCACACGAAGAAGGUCAUGGUGCUGGAAGAUGACGACAUCGUGCACAUCCAUGACGGCAUCGCGGCGGUGUUCCACUUCAACCACGACGUGCGCAAGGAGAAGGCGGGGCGGCCGGACCGCGUGCAGCGCGCGCUGCACACGCUGGAGAUGGAGGUGGAGCAGAUCAUGAAGGGCAACUACGAGCACUACAUGCAGAAAGAGAUCCACGAGCAGCCGGAUAGUUUGACGACCACCAUGCGGGGACGGCUGACGUCGGGCGAGGGGGGGAAGCCCAAGGGCGUGGUUCUAGGGGGGCUCAAGGAGCACGUGGACACGAUCCGGCGCAGCCGGCGCAUCAUCUUCAUCGGUUGCGGCACGAGCUACCACGCGGCGCUCGCGUCGCGCCAGAUCAUCGAGCAGCUGUCGGGGGUGCCCGUGACGAUGGAGCUCGCGAGCGAUCUGCUCGACCGGCAGUGCCCCAUUUUCCGGGAAGACACCGCCGUGUUCGUGAGCCAGAGCGGGGAAACGGCAGACACGCUUCUAGCGCUGGAGUAUGCCAAAAAGAGGGGCGCUCUUUGCGUGGGAGUCACCAACACCGUCGGCAGCGCAAUCGCUCGGGGGACACACUGCGGAGUCCACAUCAACGCUGGGGCCGAGAUUGGAGUCGCGUCCACCAAGGCUUACACGAGCCAGAUCGCAGUCAUGACGAUGAUCGCUUUGGCGCUCGGUCAGGAUAGCAUCUCAAACCGGGAAAUGAGGGAGGCGAUCAUUGACGACCUGCUGCGACUCCCAGAGAAAGUGCGCGAGGUCCUGAAACUGGACGAGGCGAUGCGCGAGCUGGCGCGCGAGCUGGUGAACGAGCAGAGCCUGCUGGUUUUCGGGCGCGGAUACAACUACGCCACUGCGCUAGAGGCAGCCCUCAAGGUGAAAGAGGUCGCCCUGAUGCACAGCGAGGGCAUCCUGGCCGGCGAGAUGAAGCACGGCCCGCUCGCGCUGGUCGACGAGACGAUGCCCAUCAUCGUGCUUGCGACGCGGGACGCGAUCCAACAGAAACAGCAAAGCGUCAUCCAACAGUUGCUCGCCCGGAAGGGCCGCCUGAUCAUCGUGUGCACGGAGGGCGACUCGGUGAAGAUGUGCCCGUCCGGGAAGGCCAAGGUGAUCGAGGUUCCCCACAUCGCGGACUGCCUACAGACGGUCGUCAACAUCGUACCGUUGCAAUUGCUGAGUUACCACCUUACGGUGUUGAGAGGCUUCAACGUCGACCAGCCCCGGAAUCUAGCCAAGAGUGUCACGACAGAGUAGGCUGAGGGAAGCAGAGGCGGGUGAUUACUUUGCUUUAUUCUAUGCGUUUUGUAAGCUCCCUAGAGGUGCAUGUGUGUGGCGGAAAAGAGAGUUUGAAGUAUCAAGACAGCUAGAAACAAUAAUCCGGGCGGUGCAGUGUGAUAGGUGUCUGCAGCACUGUGGAAGGAGACAAAGUUGGCACUGAAUCUGCAUUACGAGACUGGAGUUUGACAGGUCUCCGACGAAGAAGCUCAAAACUAAUCGGCUACAAUUGAGACUGGUGGCAAAACGCAUCUUGUGUAUAUACAUGAUGUUGCGAAUUAACUUUCUCCGCAACACUGUCCAUCUUUUAUGCUUCCAAAUU